CAGGGAUGAAAUCAAGCGUUUUGAUGGGUUGUAGAGGGGUAUUUGUUUGGACUUUUCAUGCCUCCAUCCUGUAGAUGUUUGCUGUAAUUCUUUUUUUCUUCUUUCUUUUGCGCGGUGUAAUUUUGUGAAAAGUGCACAGGUGUCCGGUCUCCGGUAUGGAAAACAUCACCGCGGAUAACAUGACUGUGGAAAAUGACACCUCGGGGUACGACAACCAGACCCUGGGUGUGUGGACUGACCACUCCGUUGAAUACAAGGUGGUCAGCGUGUGUCUGGUGUCGCUCAUUUGCGGGUUGGGCAUCGUGGGCAACGUGAUGGUCAUCCUGGUGGUCCUGACCACCAAACACAUGCGGACCCCUACGAACUGUUACCUGGUCAGCCUGGCGGUGGCUGACCUGAUGGUCCUGACGGCCGCGGGGCUGCCCAACAUCACGGACGCCCUGUGCGGACAGUGGGUGUACGGCUACGCGGGCUGCCUGGGCAUCACCUAUUUCCAGUACCUGGGGAUAAACGCGUCCUCCUGCUCCAUCACCGCCUUCACGGUGGAGCGCUACAUCGCCAUCUGCCACCCCAUCAAAGCGCAGUUCCUGUGCACCUUAUCCAGGGCCAAGAAGAUCAUCAUGCUGGUGUGGGCGCUCACCUCCGUCUACUGCGUCAUGUGGCUCUUUCUGUCCGACACCAAAAAGUUGGCGUACGACAACGUGGCGCUGCUCACCUGCGCCUACAAAGUGUCUAGGAGCCACUACCUGCCCAUUUACUUCACGGAUUUCACGGUGUUUUACGUGCUGCCGCUCAUGCUGGCCACCAUCCUGUACGGACUGAUCGCCAGGAUCCUUUUCCUCAACCCCCUGCCCUCGGACCCCAAAGGCGGCAGCAAGAAGUGGAAGAGGGAGGCGAGUCAGGGAGGGAGGAUGAUCAGCACCAGCUCCUCCAGCAGCACCACGGCUGCCUCCCGCAGACAGGUGACCAAGAUGCUGGCUGUGGUGGUGGUCCUCUUCGCCUUACUUUGGAUGCCCUACCGCACCUUGGUGGUGGUCAACUCUUUCCUGGACAAGGCCUACCUGGACACCUGGUUCCUGCUCUUCUGCCGAUUGUGCAUCUACCUGAACAGCGCCAUCAACCCGGUCAUCUACAACGCCAUGUCCCAGAAGUUCCGCACGGCGUUCAAGAAGCUGUGCCACUGCGGGCCGCAGCGCCUGGAGAAGCCCCCGUCCUACAGCGUGGCGCUCACCUACAGCGUCAUCAAGGAGACGUCCAACGGGGAGAGCCCCGACCACUUCACCACCGACAUGGACGACCUGCGCACGCAGACUGACCGGUACCUGCCCUCCGGCAUUCUGACGAGCGCCAAAAAAAUGAAGUAUGAGGAAUCGUCUCCGUCUGGCAUGGUAGUGGAAGCCUAACCUUAGGCAAGCCCCAUGCUUUAACAGAAAGAAUAUCCCGUUUUGAUUCAUUACACACAGAGAUUGGACAGCUUAAUUGGUCCAAAGGGUUUUUUGUGUUGUUGUAACUAUAUUUUUUGACUAGGUCAAUUCUCAAGAAUGGGAUUAGAAACUGUGCAGUAGGCUUUGAAUAUUUUUGCACAAAAGGAGUAAAGACAGUGUUGUGAAUAGCCAACAAGAUAGUGUCCCGAUACACGAACGCUACGAUGACUCAAAGCUCUGCAGAGUAAGUCGGUUUAUUGACCAUAAAAGCAGAGAGUAAAGCACCUAACCUCUAUACUAUGAUAACACAACUUCUAUGUAAAUAUGACCUUAACAAAUACCAACAUGCAUGAGAGCAGUUUGUCAAAGUGUAUUUUACAAUCGCAUGACUGCUUUGGUUCAGGCAGAUUGCCUCUCGGCCUUAUCGCACUUCAUUCCAAGUAGAGAAAGCUUGAUAAAUUUCAAUAAACAAUGUGUCAGUGCGCAGAGGAAUUUCCUCACACUGGAUGUUUAUCCGAUCCCGUUUAUACCAUAUUUGAAUUCACGAUAAAGCCGUCUGGUCUGCAUUGUUACUGUUUGUGCUCUUAAAGCGCCUCUCUCAGCCUCAGCGAGCUGAUGUUUAUGACAGAAACGAAACAGCUCAACUGCUGCUCUGCACUGCGUCCUCAGCACCAAACAACAGGAGCGCAAUUUACAGCUACUGCUUAAACAACAAAAAAGCAGGUUAGCAUUUAGCAGGUACACUUAUUUGUAGUUUUUUACUUAGAGUAUUUUUUUUGCCUCUGCACAGCCCACAUUGUCCUUGCAUUGUUUUUUUGGAACCA